UAUGCUGAUGGAAACGGAGGGCUGAUGAUUUUAAACUUUAAACUUUAAACUCUGCGUUUGAAUCUAGUUUAACAGUUUGUGUUAUUUCUCUUGUCGGUGGUUUAAAUCAGAGGAGAGCAGAGAGGGAGCAGGAAUGGCUCAACAAGCUGCAACAUGACUGUCAGUGACUUCAUUCACAGUGAAGCAAGCGGGCGAUGCCGGCGGCACUGUGGCGCGCAGGACUGCUGCUCAGCUUCCUCGGUUUCUGCGCCUGUCUGGAGGAUCAGUGCGUCCUGGGCGUAGUGGGGCGGCCCGUCUCUCUGCCCUGCGUUUACCCGCAGUUAUUGUCCUCUGAGAACAUUUCCAUCGAGUGGAGGAGAGGUGAGGAGGUGGUGCUCACAUCAGUGGUGAAGGAGGAUGGAGAUGUGGAGGAAUGGAGCGUUAACAGAGCAACAACCCCGGCUGAUGCUGCACUCACCGGGAACUUCUCCCUGCAGCUGCCCACCGUGGAUCCAUCAAAGCAGCAGAUAAACUACAGCCUCUUCGUCAAUUCAGGGGAAAAUCAGAGCACCGAGCUGUGCACCGUGUGCCUUAGGACUGCAGCCAGUUUCAGCUUCCCGAGGCUGCAGAAGGAAGCAGAAGACGGAGAGGAGACGACCUUCUUGUGUCAGUCCAGCGGAGGUUUCCCCGAACCUGCAGUUUAUUGGCUCAUCAACAACACAGAGGAGCCCCCCGAAGGCUCAGUGAUGACCAAGGUGGCCCCGCUCCCCAACACCAAUCUGUACAACGUCACCAGCCUCCUGACGGUCAACGUUUCCAAAGAUGACAGCGUGUCCUGCGUCAUACAGAACCUGUCCAUGAACGAAACCUUGUCAUCCACAACCUAUGGAGGGAAGGGCAGCCCGGUGAAGAGUCGAGCGUCGGAGGCCAUGUGGAUGUUCAGCACGGGUCUGUGCGUGGUGGUCGGCGUCAUGGUGCUGGCGGGCGUCAUGUAUCAGAUCCACCUGGACAGAAUCAGCAAGAAGAAGAAGAAAGAGUUCCAGAAGGAGCAGGAGCAGACGAAAAGAGGUGAGCGCCUGACAAACCUCACACCGCCCACUUUUACACGCGUCUCAGAGUUUCUCCAAAAACUCCUCAGAGGCUACUGA